UAGAAAAUAGUGAAGAAUAAUGAGAAAAACAAAUCUCAGCCAUUUUGAUGGAUAUGGGCUUGGUUCCUCUCUUCUUCAAUUCUCUCGUCUGAGUUUCCUCAAGUCGGUCAGAGCUUCUCUCUCAUUUCCGCCAUUAAAGGUUCAGGUUUUGGGGUGAUACUCUGCAAGGUUCUACACUAUGUUCUUCGAUGGGUAUGGAUAUCAUGGGACUUCAUUUGAGCAAACUUAUCGGUGCUAUCCUGCAUCUUUUAUUGAAAAGCCACAACUUGAAACUGGUGACAAAAUCAUAAUGCCACCAUCAGCCCUUGAUCGCCUUGCAUCUUUACAUAUCGAUUAUCCAAUGUUGUUUGAACUUCGGAAUGAUGUUACUGAACGACUUUCCCACUGUGGUGUCCUCGAGUUCAUUGCUGAAGAGGGAAUGAUCUAUAUGCCUUAUUGGAUGAUGGAGAAUAUGCUUUUACAGGAGGGAGACGUUGUGAGAGUGAAGAAUGUUACACUACCGAAGGGAACUUAUGUUAAAUUACAACCUCACACAAAGGACUUCUUGGAUAUAUCCAAUCCAAAAGCCAUCUUGGAGACGACUUUGAGAAAUUUUUCAUGCCUGACAACCGGAGACAGUAUCAUGGUGGCAUAUAACAACAAGAAAUAUUACAUCGAUAUAAUUGAAACGAAGCCUUCAAAUGCAAUAAGUAUAAUUGAGACUGACUGUGAAGUGGACUUCGCGCCCCCUUUGGAUUACAAGGAACCUGAAAAGCCAGUUCCAUCCCUUCCUACAGGCAAGGCUCCAGUCCAAGAUGAGGAACCCCCUUCAGAAGCUGAACCAAAAUUCAAUCCCUUCACUGGAGUUGGGAGGCGUUUGGAUGGGAAACCAUCUAAGCAACAGCCACCACUAUCUUCAGCUUCAUUAUCCAAGGACAAGCAAGUUGAUACAAGAACUGUUAGCGGCCAGCCUUCUGCUGGGUCUAGCUCUCAGAAUGCUAACAGGAGGCAGUCCGAAGGAAAGCUUGUUUUUGGAGGAAAUGCGAGCCGAACUCCGAAGGAAACUAAGAAGGAAUCUAAAGACGGUGAGCAAGAGCAACCCAAAGAGAAAGAAGAGCUGAAGUUUCAGCCUUUUGCUGGAAAGAAGUAUUCAUUGAGAGGUUAAUUAGAUGAACAAAGUAUUGUUUACAUCAAAACUAUUUUAUCCUGUUUCAUCUAUGUGCUUUUGUGAUAGCAACAGUUUUAUAAAUGAAAUUUAGCACAAAAGUUUCAUUUACGUAUAAAAAAAUUGUACAUUGGGAAAAAUCAUGAGUCACUGCUUUCAAGUUUCAAUAUCAGUUAGAUUAUACUUCUCCUUAUUCCCUGCUAUCUGUACCAACAGACAUUUAAACUUUGAAUUCUUGAAAGAAAGUAUUUUGUGUUUGUGGCUGA